AUGGAGGAGAAGGAAAAGCUACGGGAGAUCAGCUCUCAGGAGGAAGAGGCAAGAAAGCUCAUGAGAGAGUUGAAGCAGAAGCGCGAGGCGGCGGAGAGGGAGGCGAGAUACGUGAGGGAGUGCGCGGAGAGAGAGGCGGUGCAGAGGAGGGACGCGGAGAACGACGCCGUCCGGGUCGCCGAAGAGAAGCAGCGGCUGGAGCAGCAGCUCCUCCUGGGCUCGGAUUGGCGGUACAGACUCUUCGAGUGGGAGGAGGUGCUCGCCGCCACCUCCUCCCUCUCCGACGAGCGGAGGAUAGGAAGCGGCGCGAACGGGACGGUUUACGUCGGAACCCUCCGCCACAUGAAGGUCGCCGUCAAGGUUCUCCACAGCAACGAAACCCAUCGGACCAAGCAGUUCAAGCAAGAGGUACUAGGAACGAACAUCAUCCGCUUCUUGCUUGCUUGCUAGAUAGGGAGAGAGAGACUGAGAAGCUUGUUUUUCCCCUCACCUUGCAGCUCGAGGUACUCGGCACAAUCCGCCACCCGCACCUGCUGCUGCUGCUCGGCGCUUGCCCGGACCAGGGCUGCCUCGUCUACGAGUACAUGGAGAAGGGCAGCCUGGACGACAGACUCCAGCAGAGAAGGCAGGGGGAGCCCCCUCUCCGGUGGUCGGACCGCUUCAGAAUAGCCUGGGAGGUAGCCUCGGCGCUCGUCUUCCUCCACAACGCGAGGCCGAAGCCGAUCGUUCACCGGGACCUGAAGCCAGCGAAUAUCCUGCUGGAUCGCAACCUCGUGAGCAAGAUCGGCGACGUCGGGCUCUCCACGCUGCUCCCCUGGUCCUCCUCCUCCGGCGGGGCCUCAGUGCCGUGGAAGAAGACCGCCCCGGUCGGGACGCUCUGCUACAUCGAUCCCGAGUACCAGAGGUCCGGCGUGGUCUCGCUCAAGUCGGACGUGUACGCCCUCGGGGUGGUGCUCCUGCAGCUGGUCACGGGGAGGGCCCCCCUCGGGCUGUCCCCCGCCGUGGAGGCGGCAGUCGAGGAGGACCGCCUUGCGGAGGUCCUCGAUCCGUCAGCCGGGAGGUGGCCCCCGGAGGAUACCCGCGAGCUCGUCCUCAUCGCCCUGCAUUGCUCGAAACUGAAGCAGGCGGACAGGCCCGACCUACAGGGGCACGUUCUCCCUGUGCUCCAGAGACUCCUCAAGUCCUCGGUGGUCGACGACGACGCUCGCAACUCCCUCCUCCGCCGAGUCCCGUCUGCCACUCCUCCGAGCCACUUCUUCUGCCCCAUCCUCAAGGUCAGUGAGAGCCGGUUGGUUGGUUGCUUCUUCUUCCGGGGAUCGGAUUUGAUCUGAUCUGAUAGAUCAAGGCUACCUCCUUCCACUUGCGAACCAGCUCACAAGUCGGUCGCUGACUCCCUCCAGCCGUUUGAUUCCCGCAGGAAGUGAUGGAGGACCCCUGCGUGGCCCCCGACGGGUACACCUACGACCGGCGGGCGAUCGAGAUCUGGCUAAGCAUGAAUCAUAAGUCUCCAAUGACCGACGCGCCGCUGCUCAGCAAGACCCUGAUCCCCAACCACGCCAUUCUGUCGGCCAUAAACGAGUGGAAGUCCAGAGACGAGUAG